AUGAUCGACACAUAUAUAUAUUGGAAUUUUAAGGGAAGUAAGGGACGUACUAACAUACUAAGGAUAUCAUUACCAUGUAGUUAUAAUACAAUAAAAAAUAAAAUAUUAGAAGUAGCUAAUUUAAAUUUACAAAAUAAUUUAGAUAUUCUUUUAUAUCAUAAUAAUAGAGUUUUAAACGAAUAUGAAAGUAUAUAUAACCAAAUGUUUAUAGAAAUUCAAAGAACUAGUAUUAGUGUGGCAAGAAAUUUAUUACAAAAUAGUAACAAGACAUAUAUAGAAAAAAAUAAAAAUACUACCCCCUUAAAUAAUAAUGACAAAUCAAAUGUAUAUGAUAAAAAUGGUCAAUUAAAAGUUAAUAAAUAUUCUCAAAAAUAUGAUAAUACUACAGUUUCGUCCUCUACAUCUACCCCAACAAUUAAUGGUCGGAAUAAACCAUGGAAUAUUUAUAACAGAAAUAGUUAUGAUUCUAGUGAAAAAAAUAAUGAAGAUGAAGAUAUAAAAAUUCAAGAAAUUAUGGAAAGUAACAAUAUAUAUAAUUCUGGAUAUAGAGGCAGAAUUAAUUAUUAUAAAAAAGACAAAAUGAAUCCUAAUUUAUAUCAGCAUAAAUUAAAGAAAAUGUCAAAUACAUCUACUAUUAAAAAGGGUCCUAAUUUUCAAAAGGGAAUAUCAGGAUCAGCUUAUAAUACAAUGAAUAACAAUGCAUAUAAUUUUUAUAAAACAGAUAAUAGUUCGAUUCUUGGUGGUUUAAAUCGUCAAAAAAUAAAUAAUAAUGAAGGCUAUAAUAAAUAUGAUAAAAGUAAGGCACACCAUUGGCCGAGCAAUAACAAUAAUUAUAACAAUCAUAGUAAUAGUAAUAAUCAUAGUAAUAGUAAUAAUCAUAGUAAUGGCGCUUAUCCCAGUUCGGAAGCAAACAACGAAUAUGUUCACCCAGAUUAUAUAUGCCAUAUGUGUGGAAAAAAGGGGCAUAGUAUAAAAAAUUGUACAAUGAGUGCAUUUAAUAAUAAUAAAAAAAUAAAAGUUCCGACUGGAAUUCCAGCCAAUUUCUUAACAAAAAUAAGUGCAGAAGAUAUAUAUAAAUAUGAUCAAAUAUAUAUAUUGAAAGAUGGUAGUUAUGGUAUAUUAAAAAAUGUUGAAGAAGUAAGUGGAAGUGCAUAUUUAUAUAGAAGUGUAGAUGAUAAGCUUAACAUUUAUUUAGGAGUCAAAGAAAAAAAUCAAGAUGAAAAAAAUGAUGAAAAAAAUGAUGAAAAAAAUGAUGAAAAAAAUGAUGAAAAUUACACAAACAAUAUUCAAGAUAAUACAAAUAAAUUUGGAUCAAAAUUAAAUCAUAUAAAUAAUACAGAUAAUGAUUCUAAUAAAAUUUCAAAUAUAUAUAAAUGUUUAUUAUGCAAAAAAUUAUAUACAUCCCCAAUUACAUUACAUUGUUGUGGGGAAACAUAUUGUAAAUCUUGUAUAUUUAUAUAUAAUAAAAAAAAUAAAAAUGAUUAUUUUUCUACUAAUUCUAAAUUGCAAUCUAUAAAAUGUCCAAAUUGUCAUAAAUAUGUAGAUGCUAAUGAGUUAAUUAUUAAUACUAAUAUUAAAAAUGUAAUCGAUAUAAUUUUAAAAAAAGAAAAAACUGAAGAUAUACUUGAUAAAAAUGGAAAAGUGUUACGAGAAAAUAUUAAUAAAACUGAUCAUGUUUCAAAUUAUAAUAAUAUGAUAGAUAAAGAAUUUAUUUCAAAUUCUAACUCUUUACAAUCUCAUAAAACAUUUAAUAUAAAUACAAAAGGAAAUGACUAUAAUAAUCCUCUUACAAAUAUACAUGAAAUAAAAAUAGGAAAUGGUGACGAAAAUUAUAAUGCACUAUCUUAUAUAAAUAAUAAUUUGUCUGGAAAUUUUUAUUCUAAUAAUAAUCUAAUUUUAGAGAAUAAUAAUAAUAAUAACAUCUCUUUUGAAUUUAACCCUUUAAUUAACACAUCCAUAAAUUUACAAGAACUAAAAAAACAACAUGAUUUUGCAAUAGCUUAUAUUUCGAAAUAUAAAAUGGAAAAAGGAAUAAAAAAAAAACGAAAAAAUGUUGACCUUAGCAUGUUAUUAGCUAGUAAGAAGGUGCGAUAA